AAAGGUUAUAACAAAAAUUGUUAUUUCUAUUACAAUAUCUAACGAGUUAUAAACUUGUUUAAAAAUGGGAGAAAGAGCAGCCGUGUCGACUGAAGACACGCUUGUUCGUUAUGAUAAUCCUGUUCUUGUAACUAAACAACCGGAAAAAGUGUCAGCACCUCCUACCGGUACACUCGCACAACCCUGUAUUCCAACUGAAGCGAAACGUGAAACUGAGGAAAUCCUUAAUGCCAUUUUACCUCCGAAAGAAUGGGAAGAAGAUGGACAGAUAUGGACUCAAAAGAUAUCAUCGACUCCAGCAACGAGAUUAGAUGUUAUAAAUCUACAAGAAAUGCUCGACACUCGUUUACAACAGCGACAGGCUAGGGAAACAGGAAUAUGUCCCGUGCGCAGGCAGCUCUACACUCAAUGUUUUGACGAACUCAUACGGCAGGUAACUAUUAACUGUGGUGAACGAGGUCUUCUUCUUUUAAGAGUGCGCGAUGAAGCAAGAAUCACAAUGGAAGCGUAUCAGACACUAUAUUGUAGUUCCAUAGCAUUUGGUAUGAGAAAAGCAUUGCAGUCGGAACAAGGAAAAUCAGAUCUUAUGGAUCAAGUUGCCAAAUUGGAAGUUGAGCGAUCGGCUUUAGAAAAGCAAUGUACAGAAUUAAAACAAAAAACCGAACAAUUGGAGCGACGCGCUGCUGAGCUUCGAGCGGCCGAGGAGAAGCGACACCAAGAGGAACUACUUGCAUUGAAGAAAACAAAUGCUCAGUUGAAGGCACAACUUGAAGGAAUCAUCGCUCCAAAGAAGUAGUCUUUUAUGUUAUCAACGUCAAUUAAACUAUACGUCA